AUGGCCGCCGCCCUGUGGCAAUGGAGCUCCGUCCGCAUGUGCAUGGUACUCAUGCUGGCCGUGGGCAUGGCCAUACACGCCCUGUUGAGGGGUGUUUUUGGCAUGGCGUUAGGUAAAGGAGGGGCGGGUAAUGGACUGGGGGUGGAUAAUUGAGUGAAGGAGGGGUAAAAGAUGGAUUUAUAGGUAUAGAAAACAAUUUAAAAUGAUGUUUUCAAACUUUGAAUUUAAAAAUUUUUGCUUUAAUAGGUCAAAAAAUGAUGAGAAAUGGUGUUUUAUAACACUUUUUGAUCAAAAUAUUAUAGUACAACUUUAAAGUUUAAAUUUUUUACAAAAAAUUAGCAAUGAUUAUCAGCUAAUUGUAUUUAAAACUAUUUUUAGUAGCUUAACCAUCUCACGAGUCAUUUCAAAAAACAAUUAAGUCAUUCAGAGUUCUUAACAGCCGUUUAUAGUCAUAGACAAUGUCACAUUUGGCUCUAUUUUGGUCAAAAAGUAACGAGAAAACGAAAAAGUGACAAAAAUCUUUUUAAAAUCUAAAAUUUUACGCAAUUUUUGACCACCUUAAACACCUUUUUUAUUAAAAAAAUUUGUACUUUAUAUUAAAAAUUGAUUGAGUUUUGUGAAUGUCUGACCAAAAAUUCAAAAUUCUAUAAACUUUAUGCCCAAAAAUGUAAUUCUAUUUACUUUUUGACCAACUUUAAGUGUAACAUGUAGUAGGCAGGUGACAGAAAGCACAAAACCACUAACAAUGUGGUCGUUAUCAGCUGGGAAGGAAUUUGUAUAACUGCUUUUGGUUUACUUUUAUCUGUUUACAUGUCAUUCUCGAGAGUAACUAUUCCAAAAAUGAUCAUAGGUUUGGAGUGAAAGGCAAAAUUCAUAAAAUUGUAAAUAAUAUAGUGUUCAAAUAAUUUUGUGCCCCUUCUCAAAGCAGAUUUUUGAAGUUAGGGAGCCCAGAAUUAGUUGAGCACCAUAAUAUGUUGCUUGACAAGAAUACUUUCAGUCUGCAUCGUGCCCACUUUGAAUAGUACCGCCGUUCUGCGAGUAAGUUAUAUUUUAAUCUCUUACUACAAUAUUGUACUGCAUUAUUAACUUUGAAAGAUCUUAUAUUUACUAAUAAAAGGCGCUUCAAAGUAAAGUUAGAAAGCUUUGUUACCUAAAUCUAUCAACAUUGAUCUAUUGACUAACUUUCUUGGCGAACAGCAAAGUACCCAUCGCGUCCCGCUUAGAAUCAGCUCGAAAUUUCUAUGAGUUCAUUGUACCACCCUGCAGUACAUAUAAAAAGUUUUUGCUCUCGCUUUUAAGUUUUAAAUUUGAAUUAUUUCGGUUUCCCGCCAAUUUGACAAAUUUGGCAUUGUGUUUCACGCACUUUUUUGGCUUUUCAGAUAUAUUACGCUUACAAAUUUAAAAAUGUAGGUUCAUUUAAAGGUUUCCUACUAGAAUAUCAAAGAAAAAUUAUUAAAAGUCUAAAAAUGAGAAAGUUAUAAGCUUAAAACAUAAUGCCAAUUUGGCGGGAAGUUCAAAACUAUGUUUUUGAUCUUGACUACCGCGUGGAAAAGAGUAGAAAUUGAAGGAAAAUAUUUAAUUUCCUGGGAAACAAUCUAUUUUUUAAUCUUAAAAGUACAUUUUUGUUUGAAACUAAUUUUAUAAAUUUCGUAUUUUACAAUAUUUUAACUUAUAUAACGUGAAACUGAGUUAUAUUGCUUCAGAAUGAGUUCCAAGUGGACUGGCAGCUGCGCGAGAUCAGUUCGAUGCACAUGUUCUUCUACGCGGGUACCUUCCUGUCGGUCUUCGCCGCCCAUUACUUUACCCUCAAGUUCGGAGCCAAACAUCUCAUUUCGAUUGGCAUCGUGGUCGGUUGUGUAGCCACAGCUCUGAUUCCGCUCACGGUCUACAUCACCAAGGACUACAUCUUCACUUCGCUGUUGAGGUUGACCACUGGCAUUGCUCAGGGUAAGGAAUGUUGAUGUAGGUCAAAAAGUUUGUAGAAGUAUGUCUUUCGGUCAAAAAGUGGAUAGAAUCUCAUGCAAACACGGGUAAAUAAGUAUUCUACCUACUUUUUGACCUCCAAAUCCUAAAAUACAAUACUGAUCUUCGGAUUCCAGGCUUCUUUAUCCCUUGUAGCUCAUUGUUAAUAUCGAAAUGGUUUGGUCCAGCCGAGCGGAGUACAGCGAUGGCUGUCUUUACGACCGGUAAUCAAAUUGGCUUGGCCAUUUCUAUGUUUGCGACUGCUGAAUUGUGUCGCUUGAACUUCUUCCACGGAUGGCCCAUGGCUUUCUUACUGUACGGUAAGGUCUUACUGUAACUUUUCUUACUGUACAGUAAGGUAUUACUGUAAUUUUUGUUUCUGUACGGUAAGGUAUUACUGUAAUUUUUUUACUGUACGGUAAAGUGUUACUGUAAUUUUUGAAUCGGUCAUAAAGUGUGCAGAAUCUUAAUUUUUGUCCAAUUUUUGAUGUUUAGGUAGUUCCGGCUUCGUGUUUCUCUUUUUCUGGGUAAAAUACGGGGCUGAUCAUCCGCGACAAUCAACCAGGAUUACUGCGGUAGAAUUGGCACACAUUCGAGAUACGACCACACCCAUGGUAAAUCCAUCAUCUACUCCGUUCAAAAAGGUAGUCAAUUCUUUAAAUACAUACUACAAUAUAAUACUUUGAUACUUUGAGCUACUGUAACAUACUAAAAUCAUCUGCAGAAGUUGCUGUAGAUGUAGGAGCUACUAUAACAUACUAUAAGACAAUUUACAAAAGUUACCGUAUUAAUCGUUGCAGUUAUUGUUCUCACCCGUAGUUCUGGCGAUAUGUUUGUCGUCCUUCUGUCAGUCGUUUGUGAUGGUAGCGAUGACAUCGUAUCUUCCUGAGUUCCACAGAAGCGCCCUCCAUCUGAAUCUGAGUCAGGUAAGCAAACACAGCGUUCGUCAGUUCUAUCUACUUUUUAACCCGCAUUUGCUGUAUCAUUACAGGCUUUUGUUACAGUAACAUCCUUAAUUAUUCCUUUAAAAUUUUAAAAUUUGAAUAAUCAAGCCCUUUGGCAUGGCGUUAAGUAACCUACCGUGCCGUUCCAGAACGCCCUGUGGUCGGCGUCGCCGUUCUUCGUCCAAACCUUCUCGAAGGUUCUGUUCGGAGUUGUCGCGGAUCUGGCCAAAACCAAGUUGUCGCCCACGUUCGUCGCCAAAACCGGCAACUCCAUCGCCUCCUUUGGGUGCGCGGCCUGUCUUCUAGCCGUCGGCUAUGUAGAAGAUGCCACCACGAUGCUGAUUCUCCUGAGUCUGGGUAUGGCUCUGACCUCAGGCUAUGUCCCCGGCUACUUUACGAGUAUCGUGAGUAUCGCCCCCAACUACACGGCUGCCAUUUCGGCUUAUGCCCAAGGGUUCGCACAGGUCGCGAGCAUUUUGUCGCCGAUUGUGGUUGGGUUUAUGACCAAAAAUGUAAGUUUGUCAUAUGUUACCGCAGUAAGCAUUCAUAUUUAUAAAAAUAUUUAAAUUUUUUUAAAACUUUUCUUUAUUAAGUUUUGCACCGUGCAAUCAAUCUGCUGCUUACUUUAUUCUGCACCUUGCAAAUAUUACGGAAUCUUGCACCGUGCAGUCAUUACAUAAUAACCAACGUUUGCACAGCGCAGUCAAAAAAAAACCUUUUCUACUGCACGGUGCAGUCCACCGUCAUUUCUUUUCAUUGCACCGUGAACUCCUCCACUACAUGAUUUGUCGCUCCAAAACGAACAAAGUCUGCACGGUGCAGCCCAUUUCUUCGCCACAACUUUGUCGCAAACAAACCAAGUUCAAAGUGCCAAACACAGUGCAUCGCUUUACUUUGUCGCUCUCAAAAACAAAACAUCUCAACAAAACAAUGUUUUGGAAAACCAUUUGUCGCUGACAAAACAAACAUUUGAGGUUUGUCGCAAACCGUUUUGUCGCCGUGCCCCAAAGUGCGUUUGCCUGUUUUGCGACAAUCGGCUCGAUUGCGACAAGAACAAAGUCAUGCGACAAAGGCGACGUGUUUUGUGUCGCGUUUCAAUGAAAUUUGUCGCUGAUUGGGCCUUUUCACCGUGCAGAUUGAGAAAACAGUGGAAGGAGCGAUGAGAAUUGAGUAGCGACAAAGAGAGGUUGAUGGCACUGUGCAAAGAGUUUUCUCAAAGGAACUUUCUCAGAGAUGUCGCGAUUUAACGAAAAAUGUCGCAGGUUUAAGUCUUUGCACCGUGCAAUUUGAGAAAAGAGUCAAAGAUGCACAGUGCAAGAAGUAGCGAUGAGUAAAAAGGGAUGGCACCGUGCAAGAGGGUUGGUUGCAACGCGGAGAAUUAUUUGCACUGUGCAAUAGAGUAAAGAGAAAAGUUUAUUGCACCGUGCAAGCUUUUAUUUGAAAGGUCGGUUGCACAGUGCAAAAUCAUUUCUUGUCGCAAAAAAAAUAAUUUUUGAACAUAAACCGCGACAAAAUUUGAUAAAAAAUGUCACAAACAGUUAGUUUUGUCAUAAAUUCUUUUUCAGUCCACGCUGGAUGAAUGGACCGAGGUGUUCCAGAUGUUAGCCGGGAUUCUGAUUCUGACUGGGAUCGUGUUCGCGAUAUUUGGCUCGGCUUCUGCCCAAAAGUGGGCCUAUUACGAAAGGAAAGAGACCGCUCAAGGCGACUCGCGAGGGAAACAGUCGCUGUCGCUGAUAAAGGAGGACAUUUGA